CUGGAUGCCUUUUUUCGUCAUGUACCGUUAUCGUAGAAUAACUUCAGUUCUGCGACCAUAGGUACUACUUAUUUUACUUUGUCCUCAUCGUUCAUCUGUUCGAUUGUAAGCAUAGUUCAGUUCUCGUUGCUCACUCUGCGUGGUCAGUUGGAACGGUCCUAUCGAUGCAAGAAAAAUCGCGGGAAACAAAACGAACAUAAAGAGGAAAGGAGCGACCAACGAUCGCAAAAGCAUCCACAGAUAUUCGCCGGAAGUGAUUAACGCAUCGGAAGUGCAAAAUGAGAAUUACGCUUGCCUUAACAAUAAUUGUCAUUGCUUGUGUCAGCAUUCGAUGCGUUGACGGUAAAGCAAAGAAAACAACGCAGUUAUCUCUACAAAGCAAAGAGACGAAUGUAGUGAAUUUUAUGAGAUUACUCAUGAUGAGACUUGUGUUUGGAGUUGCAUCGACAAUGGGUUUAGGUGAAAAUCUUUCUGGAGUACUCGGAGGAAUUUUUGUACCACCUGGAGCAGAUGAUUACAGUGAUUACGGCGAUGAUGAUUUAUUAUCGGAUUUGUUUUAAUAAUAAUAUUUAUUAAAAUGCAAUUCCAAUAUUUUCAGUAAAAUCAAUACAAAUUUUUUUUGU